CUCAACCUUUGGCAACUAUUAAUGCUCGAGGAAGCAAAAGUUUAACACUAUUUUCGUGAUUGAUGGUACUUGAGAAUGUUACAAGGUUAGCUGCCGACAUUUCCCGUGAAUGUUGAGCCGCUGGUAUCUACUAACUCCAAAAACCUAUACGCGUAUACACACAAUUUGUCAUUCGAGCAUAUGUCUUCAAAGAAUUCUCAGUCUAAUAGUCGUUGGGGUUUAUUAUAUAUCGUUGCACGAACUGGGAAUUUAUUUUCUCAUUCACGUUGAUCGACGUUGACAGAUAGUAAACAUCGGCGCCUUAAAACAAAACACGUACAUGCACCGAUACUGUGAAAGUCAUUUAUUUAUUUGGUGUUGAUCAUUUGAAGAAACCUUGUGAAAUCUCAGUCCCGAUUAAAACAGGAACGGAACGUUGCACGGUAGCAAUCACACCCAUGUCUGAAAAUUGCCGGUAAUGCUGUGUUUUAUUGCCAUUGUAAACGUGCCUUACAAUCCAGCGAGUUGCCCGUGGGGUGUGUGUGUGUGUGUGUGAGUUUUGCUUUUCGCAUUUGCUCCGGAGACCACCAGGAUUUAAAACGUCUUCGCUCAGUCAAUAGUAAACAAAUAUUUAACACAAGAAAAAAAAUGUCUGGUUGUCUACCUCCAACCGUGUUGUUAUUCCCAGCGACUUUCAAAAGGCAGUUUGAUAAAUAACACAGGGAAGAGAUUUUUUAUAUAAAGAAAAGAUAUUCCGCACAGAAGCUGAAACGUGGUUGUCGGGAGCAGGGUGUUGUCUGGUGUGUGUUUUUUUGAUGGAAGGAAAAAUAUGGUCACGUACUUUCUGGAAAUAAGCCGAUCACUUUUUCUCUCUCUCUCUCUCUCUCAUACACAUACACAGAGGUCGACUGCAUCUCCGAGAAAGAAGAGGUGACUGAUCAAUAUUAAGCAGAACUGUCAUUCCGUUUGACUUCACCUGCCCGCCUCACUGUCUGGCAAGAUGCGAAUGGGGAAGGCGCUAAGGGGCUAACAGCUAACAUUUCCAUCGACUUGGUGGUUUCACAGGAAAAAAGAAACAGCCAGACAGACAGAGAGAGAGAGAGAGAAACACACACCAUACGCUAACCGCCACCUACCAACAUCCCCCCCAACAAAAAAAAACAAAUAACAACAACAAAACAAUUCACAGCUUCGGGUCUUCGUUUCCGAGUCAUGUCUGAGCCGGAGAGAUGGGCAAGAUUGACGACAACGAGCGGAUAGUUCUCAACGUUGGGGGAACUCGGCACGAAACUUACAGGACCACGUUAAAGACGCUGCCCGGGACCCGGCUAGCCCUGCUCGCCGACUCGGAUGGGCAGAGCCUCCCUGACUGCGAUCCCCGAGUCAACCAGUACUUCUUCGACCGGCACCCGGGGGUCUUCGCCUAUGUGCUCAACUACUACCGGACGGGCAAGCUGCACUGCCCGGCUGAUGUGUGCGGGCCCCUCUUCGAGGAGGAGCUCGCUUUCUGGGGUAUCGAUGAGACCGAUGUGGAGCCUUGCUGCUGGAUGACUUACAGACAGCACCGCGACGCCGAGGAAGCGCUGGACAUUUUCGAGACGCCCGACUUGCUGACCGGCGAGCCCCCGGACGCAGACGACGAGGAAGAGCUCAACAGGAGACUGGGCAUCGAGGAAUGCAGCCUGGGAGCUACGGGCAAGGCCAGCCGCUGGAAGAGGUGGCAGCCCAGGAUCUGGGCGCUCUUUGAGGAUCCCUACUCGUCCAGAGCCGCCAGGUUUAUUGCCUUUGCCUCUUUAUUGUUCAUCCUCGUCUCAAUCACCACCUUUUGCCUCGAGACACACGAGGCAUUUAACAAGAUUGUUAACAAAACAGAACAUGUAAUAAAUGGGAAUUCAUCUCAGUUAAUCCAACACUUUGAGAUGGAAACAGACCCGGCAUUGACAUACAUUGAAGGUGUAUGUGUAGUAUGGUUUACUAUUGAAUUUUUAGUUCGAAUUAUAUUCUGCCCUGAUAAACUUGAAUUCAUCAAAAAUCUUCUAAAUAUUAUUGACUUUGUUGCAAUUUUACCCUUUUAUUUGGAGGUGGGACUUCGUGGACUUUCAUCAAAGGCUGCAAAAGAUGUGCUGGGCUUCCUCAGGGUGGUAAGGUUUGUCAGAAUUUUGCGAAUCUUCAAGCUAACCCGUCACUUUGUGGGAUUAAGAGUUCUUGGACACACUCUCCGAGCUAGCACUAAUGAAUUUCUGCUCUUAAUCAUUUUCUUGGCACUGGGUGUGUUGAUAUUUGCUACAAUGAUUUACUAUGCUGAAAGAAUUGGAGCAAACCCAAAUGAUCCAACAGCCAGUCACCACACCAAGUUCAAAAAUAUCCCUAUUGGAUUCUGGUGGGCAGUCGUCACGAUGACAACACUUGGAUAUGGAGACAUGUACCCUCAGACCUGGUCAGGCAUGUUAGUAGGAGCACUCUGUGCCCUUGCAGGUGUGCUGACAAUAGCAAUGCCUGUACCAGUUAUUGUCAAUAAUUUUGGAAUGUACUAUUCACUGGCCAUGGCAAAACAGAAGCUUCCAAGAAAGAGAAAGAAACACAUCUCUCAAGCUCCACAAACAGGGUCUCCAACUUAUUGCAAAACAGAUCUGAAUACACCGUGCAACAGCACUCAAAGUGAUGUGUGUCCUUUUGGGAAAGAUAGGCUGGAGUGCAACAGGACAGGGCUUCUAGAACUUACCACUGCUCAGCUCAUUACAUCUGAAUUUCAUCAUGAGGGAGAAGAGGAGGAGUGGAUGGCUGCCAUGCAGGUAAGAUUGAUCCCGUGGAAGACUUCAGUUAUUCACCAUCACCAUCCAAGCCACAUGUUCAGACAGAGAUGGAUUUAUCUGGAUUAAGGAUCCUGGAUCCAAGGUGCGGCGUCUGCGUAGUUUAAGCUUGUCAGUGGAAGUAACAACAGAACUGUGCCAAAUGUUGGAGAAACCUGCUAUCACCUGUGCCACCAGAUUGACACUAACACUGACAGACUUAAGCAUUUAUUGUUUUGGUACCGAGCUGGCAUUAUCUGCAGUGCUACAAUCCACUGUGAUGUUCACAGAUGUAUGGAAAAUGGUGAUAUAUCAUCUGUAUUUCUGCUGACUGGUAAUUUAAGUGUAGCAUGGCAACCUAAUAUCACCGCAUUCCUGCAAUUGCCCAAUGUAAUGGUGUCCUGAUAUAAAUCAGAAGAUUCUUGCUUCUUUUUUGUGAGUACUAGUCUUCAUCGUAUGUGCCCUCUGAUAUAGCCUCUACUACCUCCUGAAGCUCACAUCUUGCAAAAGCUGGGAUGUGUGUAACUGCUGCAACUUGUAAGCUGGUGAGUGGAAUGCAUGGUGCUGUGAGGUGCUGUCUUGUCAUGACCUGUUGUCACUAUUGGAAGACUAUUGCCCCAGGCUUAAAGUGGCAAGCAUGUGACUAACAUUACAAAGUUCUCUCCAAGACAUGUCUUCCAAUGUAGUUUGCAACAUUGUAAUAAGCUGUUAUCGUUGUUGUGUGGGACUGAGUAUAUGGGAGCCAGCUGUAGAACUGUAUGGUAAAGUGCUUUUCACUUCAGUAGCAUUCCCCUGGUAGUUACACAGCUUAAGAAAUAGUUUUCAAGUGCAAACACUGCUAAUAUUUAGCCAAAUGUGGCAGCCAAUUGGUGCACAACAAGUUCCCAGACAUGAAGCAAUGAGAUUUAUUUGUAUUUUUCUUUCAAUAUCUGUGUGAUGUUUCUAAAGUCAGAUUCAUUUCUCAUCCAUAGAUAACCUGAGAAGGUGAUGUUGGGACUGAGCCUCCUCUUUGGAUUAUUCAGCAAUGGUAUUCCCACAAUGGCAUUAGAUAGGGAAUUUUUGAAUAUUGACCCCAAAUUUAAGCAUUUUUUCUGGGGUUUCCAAGGCUCUUCUGACAACGUUACUGCAGGUGAGAGAAUAAACUCCCACAGAAAUUCUCUCUGGAGCCUGCCAGUGCUUUGAAUCAUAAAUUGUUAUAUUUCUCUCCAUCCGUAUCUAUGGCCAGCAAUAAAAAGAAUCAAGUAUGCCUGGGCCAGAAAUAAAUAUUCAGCAGGCUAUCCAGCAGCACGUAGUGAAAUACAUGCAUUACCAUGACCCUGAUUAAUGGAACUGAAGGCUAGGCAUAUUUUGCCAGUUGAAGGUGCAUCUUCUUCCACUUCUGUCGCCAUGUCUCGUAGCAUUGGCAUAUAAUAAUGAGUAUGACUUCUUUUUAUAAGGCAUGAGGGCCUCUGUCCUAGAAGGGUUAAAUACCUCAUAUCCACCUUGUAUGACAUAUCCAGCUUUAUUGUAUCUUUCCAAUGCUCAUUCCAAAACUAUUUUUCCAUCUUGAAACUGUCAAGCAUUUUGUAUUACCUUCUAUUUGUUUGACCCACAGACUUUUCAAGAUAGUUUAAAUAUGCAUCAAAAACAUUCCAAUUGUUACAUUUUUAAUAUAUAUUAACACAAUACAUUUUUGGUUACCUUAUAGCUGUAUGCUUUCCUGUUUUUGUAAGUAACAGUCUAAGGGUUUUGUUUACCCAAACUGACGAGCUAAACUAAUGUGGGUCAGGAGUUCAACACCCAUAUUGAGUAAGAUAGAUCCUCGACAUCCUUGCUGGUCAGUUUAUCCGUUUGGCUAUGUACGAUUCUAAUCCACCACCCACUGGCUCCAUUCAUGGACUUGAAAACCAGCCCAAUUUGCCUAUGCUCAUUUCACAUUUCAGUCUGUAAUUAUGGCAUGAUUACUUUCUGCUGGUUCCUCGCCAGUAUGAUUGCGCACAUUCAGUAAUGUUGAUGCUUUUCCAUUUCAUCCUAUUUUAGUGCUAAACCAUUAUACAAUGAACAUCUCUAACACCCUUGAAAUAUAGGAAACAUCUGGUUUUAAUAAGCUGAGAUUGUAGCAUCUCAGGAUUCAUAUCCUGCCCUGAUUUUCUGAGUCAUCACUUCCCUCCUGAGGUGGUGAACAAUUAUUUCUAUCAGCUUUUGCUGUUUCCUUCCUGAAACCCUGUCAGUUUCCCUCUUCAAUUCUACCACCACCUUUUUAAAAAAUGAAACUCCCAUAUGCUACAAUUAUAAUCAUUAGCAAACGUUGUUCUUGUUCUGAUUGUGAAAGAUAUUUGGAAAGAGAAUAAUUAUGCUGUGUUAGAUUUUUUGUGUUGCUUCCUAAAUAUUUUCAGUGAGGAAAGGAAAUCAUCAGAGAUAUUUCAACAUCUUUAGUAAAUGCCAUUUUUUCUCACUUUUACAUGCAUUGGAUGAUACUGCAAUAGAUCAUUGAACUAACCAACAUGAUUGGUGCAAUUUCCCAACUUAAAGCAGUCUUACCACCGGAUCCAUACUUUGGAAAUUGAGGCGAUGUUGCGCAUGAUUGUCUACUGUUUGCUGGCAAAAGGCAAACCUUUCGAAAGCAAAGCUUUCAUGUGUGUCUUAGAUGUCCAAGAUUGUUGAUUGAUUAGAAGUGAAAGGGUUAGAUGCAAAUGUCAGAAUUCCACUCACUGAUUCAACAAUAAGUAACAUACCCCUUUAACAUAGUAAAUUGUUCCAAAGUACUUUAUCAAAGCAGGAUCAAGCAUUACUUAAUGUGCUCAUUUUCUGUAAAUUCUUUCAAGAGAUGUGGGCAUCAGUGGUAUGAUAGGCCAAGAAUUGACCUUGAGAAGGUGAUAGUGAGCCUUUGUUUAGAACUGCUGUGAUCCAUCCGGUGGAGGUAGACUUGCUGCUAGCAGGGGAGAUCUUGAAUUUUGUGUGUAAUUCGACAGCAUUAUUUUAUGAUUUCACUUUCCUGCUACCUUCUAGCAUUUCUUUUCCCUUGGGUCUGGCAGCAU